UCUCGCUACCCCGGCUUUGCCGGAGCUCUGUCUCUUCUCUGCAGUCUGGCGUGUCGCUGACUGAGAAGUUGAGAGAAGAGUGUGCCGCCUUUCAAAUCGCCGUUUUGUCGGUGGCUUGGCCAGUUUGACGCCUCGGAGACCGGCGUCUCAAUCGACCUUUGCUGUGCUUGCGGAUGAGAAGAGGUGACACCGCUGACAGCGUUCAGAAGCCCAACUGAGCAUCCCUAAUUACAGUGACUUUUUUUUCUUUUUCCGCCCGACCCAGACGCGUGUGUCUGAGUGAAAAUAGCUCGCGACAGCAUCGUAGGACGUUAAACUCGAUUAACCCCCCGUGUGAACCAGAAAUUGAUUUUGCGGAGCGAAGUGUUGGCUUCCUCUUUGCUGUUUCGAUCCUUAAACGACUGACGUUUUUGUCACUUCCGGGUGACUUGCAUCAACCGGGCAAGUCGUCACUCGAUGAUGUUGACACUUUCAUUCGUGCCGCAUGAUCCACGCCAAAGGAUUUUAAGUCGCGCUGACUUUUGUGUGUGUACUGCAGUGUGACGCUGUUCUCCACCCUCCCCUGGAUACAUUUCCGUCUGGAUUCGGUGGAAUUCGUGCCCCGUGAAGCACCACCCUAUCAAACAGGAAAUCAAGACCCAGCCUUGUUUUUUAUUUGGGUGGUACUACGUGAGCGCUAAUCGAAACUGCGUGGUUUGUGUCGAGACUUAUGGCGUAGAGCAACUGCUUCUGCAAUUUUAUCCACCUGGUGCAGUGACUUCUAAAAUAGAACAACCUGUGUUCUGAAAUACGCCACGGAAUAUAAACAGCUUUAAGUACGGUCGGUGAACAUUGUCCUUAUUUUUGCGAGCAAUCGCUGUGUUGUGCAUACUCUAGUGGAUUCCAAUGGAUUCCCUUCUGCUGACAAAUAAAAACUAGUGCGGACGAAGACACUAUCUCACACUAUCGCUUCGGGAAAGACUGACGUCGUUUUAAGGGUGAUGACGCUUCCUAGAGGAAUUCUGCACGGUGCCCCCACUUGAAGGAACGAUACGCAACACAGAAGGAUUGCCCGGUUGGCAACUCAACGUGAGGAUUGAGACAUCGCAGAACUGGCUCAUCAGGUCACGACCAGGCCGUUCUUACAACAGCAUAAUUUCAAAGGUUGUGAAACCAUGGAGACCGAUGCAGAGGACCACAAUUACAGGCACCGCUCUGGACUCGAUGGCGGCCGCGUGAGUGGCAUAAGCGUCACCGAGCGAAGCGCUGGAGGGGACAUCUUCCAAAUCACCGGAAAUGGCCCUGCGCGGCUGUCAUCCGAAGGCAAGCGGCACGCGCAGGACCACGGUCGGCACCACCACCAUAAUCAGCAGCAGCAUCAUCACCAUCACCAGGGCCAACACCGGCAGUCCUGCAGUCGUCACUCGAUCGAUGGCACGUGCCGAAACAACAAUAUCCUCGUCUCUCCCACGGAUUUCUUCCAACUGGAGCAGGUGGACGAGAAGUCCAGAAGAGGGCUGAGCCUGGGCAACCUGUUCUCCACGGGCAACCACCACGCUUACACGGCGCUUACCAGAGCUCUGGACUCUGGAAGUUCGCUCAAGUCGCCGCUCGAUUCUUGUGGCGAGUCCUGCAUCCUGGACACGAGCGGCAGUACGACGGCGUUGCUGGAGACCGUGGAAAAAAGCAGUCGCGCGGGAGGCCGAGCCAAAAAGAGGAGCCUCGGAGACGAGCAAGACGACUGCUGUGACUCGGCCUUCCCCGCCGGCUGGAACUGGCCGGCCAUCCGGAUCGGCUGCCUCCUGCUCUGCGUGUCCUGCCUGGUCGCCGUGCUGUGCAUCGUCGUGGGCGUCCUGCUGCUCCGGCCUUCGUCCUGCGACCCUCCCAGGCAGUGGUGGCAGGGUGCUGUGAUGUACGAAGUGUUCGUCGCCUCGUUCGUAGACUCUGACGGAGACGGGUUUGGCGACUUCCAGGGUCUCUUGUCGCGGCUUGACUAUAUACGCCACCGAAUCGGAGCGUCGGCCAUCCGGCUGACGUCGGUUUUCAGCGCACUCGACUACCCACUUGAGUAUGAGCACAUCAUUGAUUUCGACAACGUCGACCCGCACCUGGGUCAUAUGGAGGAUUUUGGGGCGUUCGUCCAGAGGGCGCAUGAAGUCGGCCUCCGAGUGGUGCUGGACAUCAACCCCACGGUGACAAGCGACCAACACUCGUGGGCUGCCCAUUGGCUACUUGACCCAUACGGGGAGUACGCCAACUACUACGUGCUCGCGAAUGAAUCAGCAAUAAUGAACAAUGGCGUCGACGAAUGGGAGGACGCUGACGACGACGAUCGGCGCGACCCCCAGCGGCCAUUCGGGAACCAACUGUACCUGAACUGGUCUCACCCAGAAGUACAGCGGCAAGUGAUGCGCUCACUGUCCGUCUGGCUGGAAAAAGGAGUAGACGGAUUCAACCUAAAACAUCUGGACAGGUUGCAGGUUUCGGAUGACCGCGAGCUCUACGAGGUUCUUCUCGCUUGGCGCCGACUUCUGGACGAGCAGGACUACGCCGACGAGCGUGGCCGAAUCCUCAUGACGUCCGUCAACCUCGCCCAGGAGCUGGCCGACAGGGACUCUCUUUUCACCCAGCCAAUCACCGCCCUCUUCGACCUCUUCGAUGUCCACGUGCCCCUCGAGGGUGGGCCGGACAAUGUCACCCAGAUCAUGGCGUCGCGUUACGCGCACGUCACGCAGCAGAUGAGACUCGAUGGCCGCGGCACUCGUGGUGCAGUACUUACCGACGAGAACGCCACUGGUGUGCACAGCGGCAGUGAACGACACUGUGGUGGAGUUGUUAACAUGGCAGCGGACCCCUGGUUGAGCUGGAACCUUGGUGAUUCGGAGAGUCCGCGGCUGGCGUCGAGACUCGUAGACGUCGACCCACUGGCUGCCCUCUUCACCCUCUGGGGCAUGCCGGGAACGGUGUCUUUGUUCUACGGUGACGAGAUCGGCAUGAAAGAUUCACUUGACCAGUCGACCGGACGUCCGUUCCGGACGGGCCAGCUGGGACCGAUGCAGUGGAGCGACGCGACCCACGCCAACUUUUCUUCUCCGGCCGCACGGCCGUGGAUGCCGGCUCAUCCGGACCACGUCAUCAGGAACGUCGACAAUGCCAGCGAAGUCAUCGACACACUCGCCAGGGCCGCGGAACUCAGAAGCACCGUGGUCACGCUGUACAUGGCGGGUGUGCCGUCGCUUCGACACCGACGGUGCAACACGAGGCUCGUGCGCCGCUGCGGAGAGGUGUUCGCCAUCGAACGUUUCUAUCCGCGUCGCGCCCGCUACGCUGUGGUGGCGAACUUUGCGCCCAGAGGAGUGACCCGUGACCUCUCUGACCUCGGCUUCGAAGGCAACGUGGUGGCGGGAACGUGCUCCAGCCUCCCGACCCGUGUCAACUUUCGCGAGCUCUACUUGGAGCCUGGUGAGGCGCUCUACGUGGAGAUCACCAGUUGAAGAGCGAGACGGAAACUUUCGAGGUGACGCAACGUGAAAGGUCAUUCCACCCACUGCAAACAGACGUGUUCGUUGUCGGACCAGCCUUGCGCGAGUCGUCGUGUGUGAACUUUUGGGCGGCAGCGACGCUAGUUCUCGUUCAUGUUGAGGAGUGCUUCGAGAGUGCCAUUUGAGAAAAGGAGCGGUCGGUGGUGAUGUGAAUAGACAGUGAUUGCACUGACUACUCGUAGCAGUUCUUUUUUGGUCGGGCCAUUCUUUCGUGAAACAUCACAUGUGAACAUUUCGGGGGUCAUGACGAGAGAGUCCGUUCGUAUGAAGAAGGUUCGUUGACACAGGUAUUUGAUGCGGUAGUGACCCGGCGUAACUGUCAUUAUACCUGCUCAGUCAAGAACUGCAUGUGAGGCCAUGUUCGCGUGAAUCAUGGCUCGCACACGCUUGGCGGCAUUUACAACAGAAUUGGCUCGUGCAGCGGAUUGCCUCGAGACAACCAUUGGACACAAUUGA